GAGGUGAGAGACUAGGGGCUGCCAAGUGACCCGAAUAAUUAGCCUACCGAAGGAGUAGCUCGUCCCUAGUAAAUGCACUCAAUGGCGGGGUGUUUCUAAAUAUUUAGAGUCUUUGGCCACGCUUCAACAACAAGCAGAGCAACCAGUGAUAUCAAAAUUAUAUAUUUUAUUUCGCCAGCAUGGAGCACUCAUUCGAGCCGCUGAAGAACGAUCUGAUUGUGAGGGCAGCAUGGGGCCAGGCUGUCGAACGGCCGCCCAUAUGGGUGAUGCGGCAGGCCGGCCGCUACCUCCCCGAGUACCACCAGACUAAGGGCACCCGUGACUUCUUCGAGUGCUGCCGCGACCCCGAGGUGUCGUCGACCCUGACCCUACAGCCCAUUGAGCGCUUCGCCGGCCUCAUCGAUGCCGCCAUCAUCUUCUCGGACAUCCUCGUCAUCCCCCAGGCCAUGGGCAUGCUCGUUGAGAUGGUCGACAAGAAGGGCCCCACCUUCCCCAACCCCCUGAAGAGCCCGAGCGACCUCCAAUACGCCGAGCUGAUGCAGCGCCAUGUCGAUGUCUCCACCGAGCUCGACUAUGUCUAUCGCGCCAUCACCUUGACAAGAAAGAAGCUACAGGGUCGCGUUCCCCUUAUUGGCUUUUGUGGUGCUCCGUGGACCCUCUUCUGCUACAUGGUCGAGGGCGGCGGCUCGAAGCUCUUCAAGGAGGUCAAGACUUGGAUAUACAAGUACCCCGAUGAGGCCAAGGCCUUGCUCCAGAAGAUCGCCGAGCUCUGUGUUGACUACCUUGCCUUGCAAGUCAAGGCCGGUGCUCAGCUCAUUCAAGUAUUCGACUCAUGGGCCGGAGAGUUAUCGCCUGCAUCCUUUAAGCAGUUUUCUCAGCCCUACUUAGAGUACAUCGCUAAGCAUCUCCCCCCUAAGCUCAAGGAGCUUGGCUUGGAUCCCGUGCCCAUGAUCGUCUUCCCCAAAGGCGCGUGGUAUGCCUUGGACGCCGCUUGCGACAUGGGCUACAAUGUUGUCGGCCUGGACUGGCUUCACGCCCCAGCGGACGCUGUCAAGACCGUCGGCGACCGGCUGAUCGUGAUUCAGGGCAAUGCGGACCCUGGUGUUCUCUACGGAUCUCGCGCUUCCAUUACCCAAGUCGUCAAGGAAAUGGUUGAGGGGUUCGGCUGGGCGACAAGGAAGAAGGGCUGGAUCGUGAACCUUGGCCACGGAAUUACACCGUUUGUGAACCCGGAUGACCUGAGAUUCUUCUUUGAGGAGGUCCACCGCCUUACCAAAGAGGCGCAAUAGCAAGUGACCGAGACUAGCUGGUGAUGAGGGCGAAAAAAAAGUAAAAUACUAAAGGGGGGCCAUAUAAUAGACAGGCGAUUUUAGUCCGAAAAAGCACACCGUGUCAUACUCUCUUGGCAUAUUCGAUAGAACUCCUUAGACAUCCAACCUCCCCUCGCUCCUUGACCCUCCAGUUGUUCUAUGUGAAGACUGUUUCUUAAGACAAAAUGGGCAGUUUUUUAUAUGCAUAUUUUUUUUAGCCAACUAUGAGGUACUUCGGGUUGUGAUUUUCUGUUGUCUCGGGUAAGCGGUUGAGAUUCUCACUCCCCCUUUUUCUCAACCGGCAGUUGAGUCGAACAGGGGUUUACUCAGUACUGUAUUCCGUAUUUGCAUCGUAACCCAAGUCGGCAAAUAUUUGCGCAGAGUACCUAGGUAGAUAGUUCCAAGAAAAAAGACAACAUAAAUAAAGAUAAAAUAAUGGGA